UAUGGAAGCCAAUUUGGAUGUAGCCUGUAUUUUCCACUUGUGGCGUCAAGCAAAAUGGAACAAUAAUAACCAUUCACUGUAUAAUCAGCUGAUUGGUAGUUUCAGUAUCUUUCCCAUUCAAGUUGAUGUUCGCUUUGACCACUUAAGUGCUUACGACACGAUUCAAACUUGGCAGGGACUAACAGGGAUGAGAAAAAUAAGAACUAGUGGGAAAUGUGCUACAUGUUGUCAACAGAGAAAUCCAAAUAUAAAGCAUUUUGUUGUUGAACAACAAAAUUCCUCUGGGCGAUAUGUUCAAAUUUCUUGUCCUGACAAUACGAUUUAGUUCUGGCAGCUGACAUGAAGGUCAGUGUUUCCCAUGCUUCUGUCACAUUCAAUCUGUAUUCACACUUUGAAUGAGCUAUCGAUGCCUCUGGGCGAUAUAAACGAUUGUUACGGAUUGUACAUAAACAAUAUAAGAUAGUUAAGUCUUCGGAGGACAUUACUUGUUUUGAAGCUUCAUUGUGUGGCUGCAUGCAUAAAUAUUUAAAAAAGCGUGCCCUCGAGUCGAAGAAGUAGCUCAGCGCACAUGCGCACAACAAGAGAAUAAUAUUUCUUUUAAAAAAGGGAGAGCACUCAUCAGAGGAUCAGCAAAUCACUGCAUCUCAUAAUUGAAUCGUAGCGAAGCAUCCAAAGAGCAAGGAGACAGGCAACUUGCGAAACUGCCAGAAAGCUCAAGCUCUACUGGCCUCACAAAGUGUUGCUGUGCUCGGGGAAGAGCACUGUCAUUAUUCAAUUUAAAGACUUAAAAACAUACUUCUAAUAAGCGUGGUGCACGUGGGCGUGUUUGUGUACAUUUUCUCCGUUGAGUUCGCGUCUCCGUCAGCGGACUUUCCUUGAAUCAAGCAAUGAAUUAUAUGACCCUUAAAGACGCAAGGGAUAUAAAGGCGGAGACGACCCUUGACGAAAAAUUCUUCUUACUGGCUUGUGAGAAAGGCGACUGCCAGAUGGUGAGCAGGCUGCUGGAGAAAAGGCGGGGUGGCGGGCUGAACAUCGACUGCAUAGAUGUGCGUGGCCGCAACGCCGUUACCAUCGCCAUUGAGAACAACAACCUGGACGUUCUGAAACUGUUGCUAGACCAUGGCUGUGAGUUGCAUUGAUUCAACAGUCUCCCCCCUGCAUAAUGUGUUUGUCCAGAGCACAGAUGCAAUCUUGGUGGCCAUUGAGUUGGGGACGGUGGGUGCCGUCGACAUGCUCCUCAACCAUCGACCUAGGAGGUUCUUCAAGCUCUCCAUUGCGAAACUCAUGCGACGCAUUCAGAACCCAGAGGACUCGUCCGCGAUGGACGUCACGCCGGUCAUUCUGGCCGCCCAACGGAACCACUAUGAGAUCCUGGCCAUGCUGCUGAAGAAGGACGUCUCCCUGCCCCGGCCGCAUGCGGCCGGCUGCGAAUGCGCACACUGCGGCACCAAGAGCAAGAAUGACAGCCUGUGCCACUCCAGGUUUCGCUUAGAUAUCUACCGCUGCCUGUCGAGCCCUUCCUUGAUUAUGCUGACAGAAGAGGACCCCAUUUUGAGGGCGUUUGAGCUGAGCAGUGACCUGACAGAGCUUAGUCUGGUGGAGGUCGAGUUUAGGAACGACUAUGAGGAACUGGCCAAUCAGUGCCAGAGGUUUGCCAAGGACCUCCUGGCCCAGGCACGCAACUCCCGAGAGCUGGAGGUCAUCUUGAACCACCGGUCAGGCGAGGGCCAGGGGGACACGGAGGGGGGCGAGCCAGAGGAGCACAGCAACCUCAGCCGUCUCAAACUGGCCAUCAAGUACAACCAGAAAGAGUUUGUGGCCCAGUCCAGCUGCCAGCAGUACCUGAACACGCUGUGGUUCGGGAAGACGGCGGGUCACCGGCACCGCCCGGCGUUGACGCGGCUCCUGACGGUGCUGGCGGUGGCCGCGCUGUGGCCGCUGCUGUCCGCCUGCUACCUGCUGGCGCCCCGCUCCCAGCCGGGCCGGCUCGUCCGCACGCCCUUCAUCAAGUUUGUGAUCCACGCCGCCUCCUACUUCACCUUCCUCCUCCUGCUCAACGUCUACUCGCUGAUCUACGGCAGCAGCAAGACGAAAAGCAUGGGCCCCACGCUGGAGACGAUCGACUACGUGCUCAUCGUGUGGAUCUGCGGGAUGCUAUGGGCAGACAUGAAGCGGCUUUGGCACGAGGGGCUGGGGGACUUUUUGUCCGAGUCCCGAAACCAGCUGAGCUUCAUCAUGACCUCCCUCUACCUGUCCACCUUCACCCUCAAGCUUGUGGCGCACAACAAGUUCAAAACCAGGGAGAACAUGGAGGAGCGGAAUAACUGGGAUGCUUACCACCCCCUUCUGGUGGCUGAGGGCCUGUUUGCAUUCGCCAAUGUGCUCAGUUACCUGCGCCUCUUCUUCAUGUACACCACCAGCUCCAUCCUGGGCCCCUUACAGAUAUCGAUGGGCCAGAUGCUGCAGGAGUUUGGAAAGUUCCUGAGCCUGUUCCUGCUGGUGCUGGUGUCCUUCACCAUGGGACUGACCCAGCUGUACGGCGGAGACGAGGGAGGCCCCGUCGAGGACGCGCCGGCCAACUGCACGGGCGCGCCAGACUCCUGCGAGCAGAAUAACGACGCCUUCAACUCGUUCCUGGGCACCUGCUAUGCCUUGUUCUGGUACAUCUUCUCCCUGGCCCACGUGGCUCUGUUUGUGACCCGGGUGAGCUACACCGAGACCCUGCGCUCCCUGGUGGGGGCGCUCAUCGUGGGGACCUACAACGUGGUGGUUGUCCUGGUCCUCACCAAGCUGCUGGUGGCCAUGCUGCACAAGAGCUUCCAGCAGAUUGCUAACCAUGAGGACAAGGAGUGGAAGUUUGCCCGGGCCAAGCUGUGGCUGAGCUACUCUGAUGACAAGUGCACCCUCCCUCCACCCUUCAACCUGCUCCCCUCUCCCAAGAGUCUGAGCAACAUGGUGACCUGCCUGGGGGAGCUGGUCUGCUCCUGUACGCCCUCUGGAAAGAUCCGGAGACAGAACACCCUUAGAGAGAGCAGGACCCAGAGGAAGCAGCGAGACGAGAGCUAUCAGAAGACCAUGUGCUGCCUGGUCCACCGCUACCUGACCUCUGCCCGGCGGGAGAUGCACAGCAUGGGCCGUGCCACCGCGGAGAGCCUGCAGGACCUGCGGCAGGAAAUCUCCAAGUUCCGCAAAGAGAUGAGGGAGCUGAUGGGCGCCGGCGACGCCAAGCACGCCGCGGGUCACCCCGAAAACUGACGCUUCUGUCCCUCCUGCAGGCAAAAACUCAAAAGCACCGGAGUCAAAAAGUGCAUAAAAUUCAUAUCUUUCGUAACAUUUCCCUCCUUACCUGUUAUUGCAUAACAAGAAAUGCCCUAGGUACCCCUCGCACACAGUGAGCAGAUAAGUGCCUCAUUGACCACAAGGGGCACUAUAGGGUAAAAAAUGCAAGGACCUUGUUUAUCAGUUUCCUGUACAUUCGUCUGCACACAUUUUUAACAUUAGUCUGAUGUCAACCAUGGUAGAUCAGUUGUCAGUUGUAAGACACACUUAAAUGCACUUUGAAGUUUAACAAAAGACAGUGCCAGUAUUUGCCAGAAACAAAGACAUUAAUCCACCCAGAAAUCUUUGAGAAAUUAUAAAAAAGGCUCUAAGCCUGUAUAGUUUGUGGGAACAGAGCUUUCAGUCAAAAAGAAAAGAAAAACCUAGGCCAAAAUAAGAGAUAAUUUUAUCUAAAGUACAGAAGGAAAAGGAGAAUUAUAAUGUGCAGGCAAGAACAACUAUUUCAGUCCAGGGAAAACAACAGCUGCCUGGCCAAACCUGACUGAUGUGUUUCAGACAAGAGGGGAUCAUUUCACUCCACAAUCUAUUGAGCCCAAAUGCACAGAAUUAACAUUUAAGAAUAUGAUAUUUUCUGAGAUGGUUAGUCAUCAUGUCAUCUGAAAAAAAUGACAAAUGCAGUAGGCAUUCUCACAAAGACCUCACAAAACCUUUUUCUCAUUAAAUCACGUACUAAGCAUGUUAUCUGGUGCACAGUUCAAGACGGAAUUUUAGCAUAUGCACCCCUGGAGAGGAACUCCAGCCAGUACGGACUGUGCUGGUUCAGGUCUAGUUUCUGCAAAAGCAGAAUUUUUUCUUUGUUCUAUUAGUAUUUUUCCACUGAAAUUGAAAAUGCAUUCCUGAAAAGGUAUUUUAACACAUAAUUAUUUCAUAUUUAGAGACUCCACCUAGUCGAGACUGG